GAGAACUACGAGGGGACCUCGGGAGUGAGUUCGUCCACGCUUCGAGAAGUAGGUUAGCAGGGUAGACUGAGAACCUUGCAAGAACCUUGGAACCUUGCAAGCCAAGCUAAACCACCGUGGGAGUAUUCUGUCAAGAAGUUACCGAAAUAGUGCAUCGAGACAAACAGGAAAACAUGCAACUUGAACUGUCGAAUUUCUUUGCAUUUAAUUAACUGGCGCAAGACUCUCCUCGCUGAUUUUUGCCUCAUUUUCUGAAAAAAUAUUUUCUAGUUCAUUGGGCUAAAUACGUUUUUUUACGUGCCAGCAAAUGCUGGUCUUUCAACAGUUUUACAGAUAUUUGUAUUCAGUUACAACCCACAUGAAGUCAAAUUCUUUGAUCCAGAAACGAUAAAUAUUCAACAUGAGAGCUCAAAUAGAAGUAAUACCCUGCAAGAUCUGUGGGGACAAGUCCUCAGGUAUCCACUAUGGGGUCAUUACCUGCGAAGGUUGCAAGGGAUUCUUCCGCCGCAGCCAGCAGAACAAUGCCAUGUACUCGUGUUCCCGCCAGAGAAACUGUCUUAUUGACCGAACCAACCGCAACCGCUGCCAACACUGCAGACUGCAGAAGUGUCUGGCUUUGGGUAUGAGCCGGGACGCGGUGAAGUUUGGCCGUAUGUCUAAGAAGCAGCGAGACAGCCUGUACUCUGAGGUUCAGAAGCACCAGAAGAACCAGGAGGUUCUGAACCAGGAGGUUGUGAACCAGGGGUGUCUGAAGCAGGGUUUGUCCCUGACCAGGGAAGAUGUGGCAGGGGGAGACAGCGAGGGGGACAGGCACAGGGAGCUCAGUCACUCCUACAGCAGCGGCGGCUCCAGCUCCACCCUGAGUGACCUGGAUGACAUCCCCGACCUGUUUGACCUGCCCUUGACCCCGGAGGAGGCCCACAAGUACUGCAGCCUGGAGCUGCUGGGAGGCCACGGCGGAAGCACCGGGAACACCUCAAACUCUUCAUCGUCAUCAUCCUCUAACAAUUCAUCCAAUCAGAACUCGCCGCAGCAGAAUCUGCUGGAUGUCACCGACGCCAAUGGAAUCAAACAUGAGUACCAGAUGUUGUCGCACACUAAAGCUGCACAGCUGGAGCCACUGGCCGAAGACUGCACUCUUAUGGAUAUAGAGCGUAUCACCCAGAGUGUGGUCAAGUCCCACUUGGAGACGAGUCAGUACAGUUCUGACGACCUGAAGAGGCUGACAUACAGUGGGAUUCAGUACUCACCUGAGGAGACCCGCAAUUUCCAGUGCAAGUCUGAAGAGUUUAUGUGGCAGCAGUGUGCCCACCACAUCACCAAUGCCAUCCAGUAUGUGGUGGAGUUUGCCAAACGCAUCACUGGCUUCAUGGACCUGUGUCAGAACGACCAGAUCAUUCUGCUCAAAGCAGGCUGUCUGGAGGUGCUGUUGAUCAGGAUGUGCAGGGCGUUUAACGCUAACACCAACACCAUGUUCUUUGAUGGCAAGUUUGCCUCCGCCCAGCUCUUCAAAGCCCUCGGUUGCGAUGACCUGGUCAGUGCCGUGUUUGACUUGGCUAAAGGUCUCUGCCGCCUGCAGCUAACCGAUGAGGAAAUGGCUCUGUUCAGCGCUGCUGUCCUUCUGUCCCCAGAGCGACCAUGGCUGACCGACAGCCAGAAGGUCCGAAAGCUGCAGGAGAAGCUCUUCCUGGCUCUGCAACACAGUCUGCACAUGAGCGGGGCCGCCGACGAGAAACUAGACCAGAUGGUGUCCAAGCUGCUGAUGAUGAAGUCCAUCUGUAAUCUCCACGUCAACAAGCUGGAGUUCUUCCGUCUGGUUCACCCCGAGACCGCAUACAGCUUCCCACCACUCUAUCGGGAAGUGUUCGGGAGUGAGAUCUCUCUACCCGACUCUACAAAGAGCUCCUAGAGAGAAAUAUGGAGUGAAUGUGUUAGAGGCAGGUUAAGAAAAGUGUGGAGAUAUGGAAGCGAAAGGGGAGAUUGAGCGAGGGAUAUAAAUAUUGAACUCAGAAAUAACCAGCAGUUAACUAGACAAUCCAGGACUUAAAAUACUCAGUUUCCCAGCAUGCUGUGCCGUUAUUCCUCCUCUAUCCUAGCAGGCCAUGCACCUUACACUACAGACUUCACCUUCAGGGUCCUUUUGUACCGUAGCACUUUGGACAAAUUAAUGGGCAAUAUGCAUAUUCUACAGUGUGAACAUAGAUCAUUUAACAUUAGAACAUCGAUGCUCCCCAACCCCGCCAUGAAUGUACCACACUGACAACCACCAAUGCGCCAGCCAGAACCACACACCGAAUGUACGUAUUAACACUCUGGGACAGUUUGACUGUUUGAAUUAGAAUCAUUGUAAUGCUAUGGUUCUACUCAACAGACCCAGGGUUCUUUAAUUUAUAGUCCCAAAGACACAGUUCUCAGUGGUACCCAUAUGUAGACUGCAUGUAUGUUGGACAUGUAUGUAUUCACCAGCCCUAAGAGACCAAGAUUAUCAUUCAGUUAUUUCUCUGUUACAAAUGAGGAUAUAACAGGUAUGACAUGCCACACUACUUGGUCAUGGCCUUAUUGGUCAAUUAUUCUUUAUUGAUCGUCUGCCUACAGGUUUAUAGCAAAUUCACAGAAUGGUUACACACUCACAGAACGGUCACACACUCACAGAACGGUCACACACUCACAGAACGGUCACACACUCACAGAACGGUCACACACUCACAGAAUGGUCACACACUCACAGAAUGGUCACACUCACAGACAUAGGCACUUGUUCUGACAGUGUUUGGUGCUGCCCUUUGUAGAAUGCAUUGAGAAACCUCAGUCGCUCACCUACUUCCCUAGAGAGAGAGAGAGAGAGAGAGUCAGGUUUCCAUGGCAACACCCACCCCCAUAGCAACCCAAUGGGGUUACGCAAUGUAUGUAAUUUGACCAUUUGGGAGGCUGAACACUCUUUGCAUAGUGAACACUGCCAAGGUAGGCAGCCCAGUCACAUGAAGGCAAAGGAGGGUCUCUAGUAGAAUGGCCCAACAUUGUUAAUGAAACGGACUCUUGCGUCAUGAGACCGCACUGGGUGAAAGAAACAGCAGAAGACAGAACAUAAGAAGAGAAGAGGACACUUUAUGAACUCUGAAUAACAAAGAGACUUGAGAACAGCUCCUCUGUGAGAGUCCCUAACCAGCAACAUCCAGCCAAUAGGAAUAGUCUCCCAUUCACUAAUGCCUUGUCUUUGGGUUACAGUUAAAUUGUCUGUGUGUAAACUCUCUUUGCUGGUUGGAUCAACUGUAUUAUUUUUGUACAUUGCUGUUUCUGUGUCAUCUACUCCUCACCAAAUGUCAAAGAUCUUUCCUAUCCACUAUCCCACUGGGCGAGCACAAGUCUAAGGAUGGACCGAGCUACCAGCUACCCCCCUGAGUUAGACAUCUAUUUGUAUUAGGUUUAUGAGUCAGACAGGGCAUCACUUAACCUUUUGAGGAGCAUGGACAGACAACAUAUCCUGAUUCUACUUGUUCUUAUUGAACUGUAAAGUUCCACAACAGAAUACUGAGAAUAAGGUUCUAUGAACUCACUCCACAAAGGGCUAAAAGUGACUCGUAGCCACUCAGGUAGCCAGCUAUGUUCUGUCAGUCUCUCUACUAGCAGUGUCUUCUACUGGCAGUGUUUUCCUCUCACCUUGCAGCUAAUACAAGACCCAUAACCUUGAUCACUGCGUACGUAAUCUUUGUUUGUGAAUGUUACUCACACAGUGUCAGAGACCUUUCCCCUUUAUUCUCAAUAUUACAACACAAUCUGAAUUUUACAAGACACGAUCUAAAAAAUAUACAUAUUUUUAGAACAUGUUAUUCUUGGGAUUUAAUGUUGCUUUUGUUGUGAGUGUUAUUUCUGUUGGUCUGAAAUUUUUCUUUUCCUCUUGUUAUGUCAUCACAUUUUUGUCUUGUAAAAUAAGUGAUCUAUUUUUUUUAAAGAAAACCUUACAAAAAAAACAGAAACUUGUUUUCCUCUCUAUUCCCCGUAAGACAAAAUGUACAAUAGGUAUAUUGUCAGUCAAAGAGUAAACAAGUUACUCAGCUCAAUGUAUAUUCUUGUAUGUUGGGAUACUUUACAUGUGCUUUAAAGAAUAUAAUAAAAGUAUUUCUUUUGAAUA